AUGAGUUUUAAAGCCGAUGAUAUGACCCCAGAUAAAGUUUCAUUAGAACUCCUAGAGAAAAUAGAAGGAAUCCUAAAGAAAUCUUCAGAAAUUAUCGGUGAUAAUAACAUAUAUUCAAAUCCUGCGCAUGCAGAUUCAUUAAUUCGUGGAUUUUUACGUCGUUCUAGUACGCUUGAAGCUAAAUUAAAGUAUGUUCAGGAUGAUUUGGCCAAGUUUCCAUAUAAAAUUAAUUCUGUAGAAGAAGCUGAAUCCAGAAAAGCAGAUUGUUUAGAAAAAAUAAAACAAAAUAAAGAAAAACUUAUCAAUAUAGAGAAAGAAAAUGAUAAAAUUAAGGCGCAAAUCGAAGAAAUCAAUAAAAAUCUCCCACAAGGUGGAGAUAACUCAGAACUUUUCAAGUCCGAAAAGGAAAUCAAAGAUACAGAAUCGGAAAUACAAAGUAAAAAUCAAGAAAUUUCAACUUUACAAAGAGAAUCAAAAUUAUUAGAGCAAAAAUAUGAAGAGGUCGUACAAAUCGGAGAUGAGCUCUCAUCUAAGAUAAAUUCUGUUAAGAAUGAAACUGCAGGAAUAACUAAUUUAAAUACAAGCGAAGAUUUAAUCGAAAAACGCGAAAAAAGACUUAAUAUACAAAAAGCUCUCGAUGCAUUUAUUGCCGAAGCUGAAGCUCAAUCGAAUGCUAGAAGAAUUGUUUUAUCACAAAGAAAAGAAACUCUUACAAAACAAAUUUCUGAAGCCAAAGAAAGGCAAGUCAAAAUUAACGAAGAAAGGAAUAGAGUUUCCAUUUUGAAAGAAGAUAUUGUUAGACUAGAAGCUUUAAUUGCAAGAGAAAAAGCUCCAAAACAAGAAAAUGUCGAAAUUGUUAAGAAAGAAAAGCCUCCAAUGAACAAAGAUAGAAUAUCAAGGUUGUGCUUGAUGUUAGUUACUCAGGAACCAUCAGAUGAAUUAAUAAAUUCAAUUGGUUCGGAGUUAUGUUGGAGUAAAGAUCAGAUUGAUGAAUUUCUAAAAGGAACACGUAAAGAUAAAGAUCCUGGUAUUGGUCAACAAUGGGUGAGCUGGUUAGAUUCAGUCACCAAUGAUUUAUAA